AUGGCAUACAAGGUAUUUGCACUAGCCUCCCUUGUGGUCGUCGCUAUCGCCCGCCCAGAUAACCCGCCUACAUGUGGCUACUCUGCCCCCACACCCUCUUACGCACCUGCCAAGUACGACCUCAACUACGCCGUAAACGACCAGUCAUCAGGCAACGAUUUCGGACAUGAGGAAACCCGUGAUGGCGACCACACACAGGGAUCCUACUACAAUGUGAACGGAGAUUCCGGUUACGUGGCUGAUGUCACCUAUGAGGAAGAAGCUCAGUACCCGACACCAAAAGCCUCCUAUGGUCCUCCUGAACCUUCCUAUGCUUAA